AUGGAAGGAUCGAUAGAAGAUGCUCUCAAAGGACUAGAAAAAGUCCACAAGACACUUCCAAAACCUCCACAAUCGGCAAAAGCGAGUGAAAAGAAAACAACAAGGAAACCGAAGAUUUUCAAAGGAGAAAGUUACAAGAGACAACAACAAGGAAGAAAAUUUUGGUACGAAAAAGAAAAAGUCAAAAAGCCCGAAAAACCACUCGGUUCAAUUGGAAGCUUUUUCGGAACUUCUGACGCAAUUUAG